CAGUGCCCUCGAUGACCCGGUCGCUGCGAUAACAUCCGCCCAUCGAUCGACCUGCCACUGGGUUCUCCGAACCUCGUGCCACCACCCGCCAAACUGGCGCAACAAUUCCGCCCUCAGUGCUGUUCCUGCGAAGGCCCAGACCCAACCGGUAGAAAUAGCGCCCGCCGCGUCUACAAACAAUUGCGGAGAAGCAUCAUGAACUCAAGAAAGACGGCCACCCAACCACUGCAAAUACGAACCCCCUCCUCCACCGCCUCGUCGCCCACCACGUCGACGGUCGAGCCCGACGACGAAGACGUGAAGAUGUCCAUGGCCGAGUACCACCAGCCCUCGCGGCCGCUCACCGUCUCCAUCCCUCGCAGCAUCGCCUCUGCCUCCAACCGAAGACCCAACCUGUCCGAGAUCCUAGCAAACACCGCUCCACCGCCCUACACACUUAGCUCCUUCAUGGCCUUCCUGUCCCAGAACCACUGCUUGGAGAACCUUGAAUUCACAAUGGAUGCCUCGCGGUACCGAAAGCACUACUCAAAGAUGGUCAACCGCCAUCCGGGCACUCCCAUCUCCCCCCUCUCUGACGAAUGUGCAUACGUCUUGAUGCUGUGGAGACGCUUGAUAGACGCCUACAUCCGCGAGUCCGGCCCUCGAGAGGUCAAUCUACCUGCCGACGUGCGCGACACACUACUCAACCUCUCCGACUCGUACGUCCCACCACACCCGUCGGCAUUGGACGAGGCUGUUAGCAAGAUCUACGAGCUCAUGGAGGAGAGCGUUCUGGUCUCGUUCCUCAACUCAGCGUCACCAAUGAGUGCGUUGGCUUCAGCCGUCAGCCACGAUAGCCACGAAUCAAGCACGACUCGUUCGUCCACCCGGAGCUACGACGAACGCACCCUCUACCAUCCGCGCACCUCUGCUCACCCUCCCGUCCAUCAACGUGCUUCUGCACCAUCAUCACUCACCUCCAACUUUAUGCAUGCACGACCAUUCUCUCACUCCCGCUUCAACUCCCAACCCGCAACAUCCUCCGGAUCACCUUCAUCUCGCGGCCCGCUCAGCUACGCUAGCGGUAGUGACGCAUUGACCGACGAUUCCGGCAGCAGAAGCCCAUCGGGCAUGAGCGACCCUCUGACUCCACCGGGAACGCCGCCGAUGAGCGACUACCCGAUGACCGAUUUCCAGCAAGCCUACUACGACAACGGAUCCAACAGUGGCACUCCCAGUCCCCGGACAAGCCGUGGUGAACACAGCGGUCUGGCGAACGCAACCCGAGACAGCUGGAAACGAGUGAGCAGCAAGCUAUGGCCGAAAAAGAGAAGCGGUGGCCAAUUGAGAGAAGAAGAGCAAGGAGUCGUGGAGGGUGGACUAUUCUAAUUCGUUUCGACCAUUUUGUAUCUUGGAAUUUUUCCCUUGAUCCGGCAAGAACUGGAUCGGAUCCAAGUAAAACGAUUACGACGGUGUGCUAUCAGAGCGACUCGCAUCUGCAUUGGGCUGCAUACCCCGGCGUCACUUGUCACAUUUUCCUGCAAGGCGCACUGGCGAUUUUACAUCUACACCACAUAUUGGGUGGUUUACCUUUGGAUUUAUACCGGCAUCAUCUUCACUUCUAGAUUCGGCGUUUACACACUGUGUUACAAAAUACUGGGGCCUGGGACGGUGGGCUUCAUUGUGCUUUUAUCUGGAUACCCAACCGUACGGGUGGGCUUGGG